AUGUUAUUCAUAUUUAUGAUAAGUCAUGGAGAUCAAGCCGUUCACAUAAAAAUUUCGCGUCGUCACUGGUAUGAUGACAAUAAAUGGAUCAACAAGUCUAAACCACCAGAAGAUGCCUCAAAAUGGGCGAUAUCUCAAUAUUUUCAUACAUUUGAUGAUGGUGAAAAUG